GACCGUUUGACCUUCAAGUGUUCAGUAGCCUCCUUCAGCGGACGAUUCCACUGAAGCGUUGCUCACUUUGUGUUCACAUGUAAAAUGCUGCGUAGUGGGAUAACAUUAGUGAGACACUUACGUUCCGUAAUAAGACUGCAAUUGCCGAGUUGCGGAAUUUCGCCCAGUUAUCAAAGGUUACUGUCAGAUUUAGUAUCUGGAUGUGAUCCCGAAAGAUGUCGUAGCCCUACCAAAUAUCCAUCAAAUGUUUCUGAAAUCAAAUAUUUCUUGCAAAAUUACAAGGUAGAAGCAGUUGCUAUUAAAUUAGAAGAAUUCGAACCAGCAGUACUCAGUAUCUGGGAUGAGAUCCUUGAAAUUGGUGAUAUUGCUUUAGUAGAAAAAUACUUAGAAGUGAGAAUCAAUUUAGGAAUGAUCUUUAGUGCGAACAAUGUUUUGGCUUGUCUUGAGAAGGCGAACAUGAGUCCUAGCGAGCGCGUUUUCGGAGCUUUCAUUCGUCAAAGUUGUGUUGCUGGAGAUAUUAAGCAGGCAAAAUCACACUUGCGAUCGCUAAGGGAGUCUAGGUUCAUUCCUAGCUCUCAUACGUUUUCCCAUUUUCUUCAUGGUUACGUUAAAGCUGGGUUGCUCAACAGGUUAGUUUCUUUACAAGAAAAGUUGUCAGUUAUCGGUUUAUGGCCAUCGAGAAUCGGGUAUGAAGGUAUCUUAUCUGCUUAUGCCGAUCUUGGGGACAAAAGUAAUUUGAUGAAAACUCUCGAUGAAGCCCUCAUUGUUCUUCAGCCAGUAAAAACAGUCGAAACUAAACAAAUAAAUUCUGAUGUAUUUCCUCCGUCAUUUAUCUUUGAUAUUUACGUGAAGCUCGUUUGUUCACAAAAAGACCCCAGUGCAACAUGUUGCGAAAUAUUGACAAAAAUGCCUUUUUCGCUUAGUUCAAACACUUUUGCAUUGGAUGCAGUCAGAAUUCUUCUAGCACAUGGGCGUCUUGCAGCUGCUCUAGAGGUUUUCAAGAUGAUGGAUUUAAAGAAUAUAGAUAACGCUUAUUUGAUUUCAUUACUUCGUUUUGCUGUUCAUGGCGGUUUGAGUGAAGAAGAUCUGGAACCAUUCUGGAAAAUUUCAGCUCGUGAUGAGUCACACCUUCAAACGCUCGUCAAUAAAAGUAAAUCUUAUUUUGAACGAAACGUUCCACAACAAUCUGGAAAUUUUGCAAACGAAAUGAAGAACCUAGAAGGUACUACUUGUUCGCCUAGGAGUCUAUCUGAUCUUGAACCUUUAUUAUCGAUUCAUAAUGUUUCCGAUCCUGUUCUACACGCCUGUGCUUUAUUUCGUGAAAAUCUGUAUCUUAAACGAUUAUUUCGUGUUGAUGAUAUUGAACAUAUUUUCUGGAAUGUCGUUAAAAAAAAUUCGCUUAGCGAUAUACCUCGCUCAAUCAAAGCGCUUAUUGGUCUGUUCCUAUUAACAAAAGAUUAUGAUGGUUUCAAAAAAUUCUUUUAUCGUAUUGCAUCUGAUUUACCCGAAAAUGCACAUCUUUUCCUCAACCGAAAUACGGUUAAAGCAUUAUUAACUGAACAUGUUCAAGAGAAUUGGGAUUUUCUAGAGUCUGUUUUGAGAUCAAAAUUUAUUCCGGAUGGAAUUGCUUGUCAAUGUAUUCGUGGAAUGGAAGACCUACGUCCUAUGCAUCCGGUACUUAAAGAUCAUGUUGAACCUUCAUGGAUUUCAGAAUUAUUACUUCAUCGUUUACAAGAACAUGAGUAUUCAAAAAGAUCGAAAAGUCUUCAUUGGAUUAUUUCAAGUUUCUGCAAGUCUAAUUCAGCUGAUAUUAUUUAUUCAUUACAACAAAAAGUAUUUGAACAUGGUUAUUUGAUAUUACCUGAAACAAUGAAAUCAAUAAUUGCUACACCUUAUCUUAUUCAAGGUAAUCUAUUAGAACAUCGUCAUUUGUGUUUUAGAAAUCAUGAAUUAACAAGUCAUUAUCCUGUCAAUUUAAACAAUAAAGAUAAUUUGGAUGCAUUGAAACAAUUGGAUUCAAUUAUUCAAAUCUCAUCGACUUCAAGUACUGAGGAAAUUGUUGAUAUGACUGUGAAUUGGUUAACAAAUCAUAUUCCAUGCCAUUUAUUCAAAACACCAAUUGAUCCAUUAACUUGUGAUAUACCAACUUGGUUAAUUAUUUGUCAACGAUUAUUACAAGAAGGUUCAACGUUUAAAGAACCUACUAAUUGGAUGUAUUUAGCUUUGAAAUGGCUUGAACAAACUAGUAAUACACCUGAUUUCUUGGAUUGUUUCAAAGAUUGGUUCAAUUAUGCACCGAAUAAAAGUACUUCUACAUCAUUAUUAAUUGCUGGUCUUAUUCAUCCGAAGUCUCGAGAAUGGGCUCUGUCGGUUCUAUCGGAGAGAAACGAUGCAAUAUACGAUAUUAUUGUUUCUGAUUCUCUUUAUCACCUUUCUGACGAAAAUCAAAGUUCUUUAGCGGAAAUUAUCUCAGGAUUUGGCAAGACAAAUACAUUGGCAGUUGCACUUCAAUUAUUCAAAAAUGGUUUUGAAGCUCCCACUUUACAAUACAUUAUUAGUAAAUGGCCUGGAGACGAAUACAUAAAUGAGCUUGUUCGAUUGUCUGUAGCAAAGACUAGUUGGAUUACUCCAAUGGCAGAUUUUAUAUCAGAACACUAUCCUGAUAAAAAGUUAACGUUUUAUAACAAUCUUUUAACUGUGUUGAGAACAAAUUCAUAUUGUCAAGAUACUUUGAUUUUGGUUUACAAUUUUACUCAUAAUUCAAUAUCACAAUUAGAUCCUAUUAAUAGAUGGAUCUUGGAUACAAUUUCAAAAUUGAAUAACUUUUCUAAAGUGAAACUAUCGUCCAGUGAUUUGCGUAAUGUUUUAUCAGAUACUGGGUUAUCGUCAAAUGUAGUUUCGAAAGACCUUUGUGCAGCGAUCAAUAAUUCGAAAUAUCAAAUCCUUGUUGAAUCAUUGAAAAGUAUGGAUGAAAAGACAUUGGAUAUUGUCGUGCCUUUUGUAAUAUACUUUAUACUGAUAAACAAAGGCAUUACUGAGUUAUAUCAACUACUUCAUUUUACAUCAUGUAUUAAUGAAAGGAAGUUAUUAUCUAUGUUUUGUAAAUAUUUUCAACCAUUCAUAAAAUAUAAUCUAAAGUAUUGUAUCCUUUCACAAGGACAAUACUUAUUUACCCAUUUACGCCUGAUACUCCCAGAAAGACAAUACUAUGAUGGGGAUUCAUUAGAUUGGUUAUCAAUGACUGGUAUGCAAUUUUUCGAACUUAGAGCAUUAUCGAUUAGACAAAAGAGUUAUUUAACAAUGAAAACAAAUGAGUAUUCUACGGAACUGUCACCUAAAAUGCCUGUAGCUGAUGUUGCUCAAUUUCUUGUUGAUCAAAAGUGUGAUGAAUAUUUGGGACAUACCUUAGAAUUAAUAGGACGAUUGUGGGAUUUGUCAAGUAGAAUAAUUUUAUUGCAUCACCUUGCGAAUCUUGGAUCUGUAUCUUUAUUCAAACGUAUUUUCUCAUCUUUACCUAAACAAGAUCGGGAAAUGUUUUAUCCAUUAAAAUUUGUUGCUUAUAUAAUACAAAUUUUUUCAAGUUCUGGCAAUACUGGUAUGCAAAAUGCGGAAGAUAUAAAUUUUGCUAUUCAAAGCCUAACAGAUUUACCAUCUGAUCAAUUAGCCACUAUUAUUUGCAGUCCACAUAUGGAUACUUUGUUUCAAUGUUGGCCUGCUAAAUAUAUAAGAAGCUUGAUUACCAUUGUAAAUAAAAUAUCAGAAAAUGGUAAUAGCUCAAUCAGUUCACAGUUAGCCGGAGUUUUAGUCAAUCGUGGAUUAUAUAAUGACAUUGGUCGUUUGACCAAGGUAAGUAAUGUUGUUGUCGUUUUAUUCUUGAUGCCUCAACAGCCGGUCAUCACGUUAGACAUAGCGUAUUAUCUGACAAUGCUCACAAGCUCUUCUCUCUCAUACACACCAAAAAAUGUAAGUAAAGACAGUAAGUAAAGCAACAGCACACUGAGCACCAACUUAAUGACACUUGAUGGAGAAACACGGAGAGAGGUGACAUGUUUCGCGUACAUGACAUAGUCAGUAUCACCGCUAUACAAGGGGGAUCUGAUACAAAUAUUACGGCACGGAUAGGCAAAGAGAUGGCAGCACUUAUACAACUGAACAAUAUAUGAAACUCAAAACAACUAUCAGUCAUUAUUAUAUUCAUAAUUCUCAAUACAAACGUCAAGACAGUUCUAUUGUACGGAGUUGUAACUUUGAGAACUACCACAAACAUAAUCAAAUAUGUACAAGUAUUUGUAAACAAUUAUCUACGAAAGAUACUUAUACUCAAUAUCCGUUGACCGGAUACCAUCAGCAACAGCGUACUGUGGGAGAGAACAAGUCAGCUUCUAUCUAAACAGGAAAUUGGGUACAGUCUCUUGAGGUGGAUAGGACAUACAUUGGGGAAUUCAUCAAACCGCAUCAUGAGGUAGACGCUAACUGGGAAUCCUCAAGGUGAAAGGAGAAGAGGAAGAGUAAGGGACAUAUUGUGUCUGGAAUCGGAAGCAGACAUGGAAAUAAUGAAUAGUAAUUGGAAACAGCUGGAAAGGAUUGUUUGGGACGGAGUUCGAUUGACAAUGCUGGUGGGUGACCUAUGUUCCUUCACUUUUCAGACCACUAAUUCCGCUUAUGGUAUAAACCCUAAAUUAAUUUCCUACACCUCAUUUGCAGUAAUAUAUAAACUGUCGAUUUUUUGCCUUUAUAUCUUUAGAUCAGUAAGCGCAUACCGCCCAUAUUUUUGGCUGGUAGCUCUCAAUCUCCUCUAACGGAAUCAUCUUUUCUAUCAACAUUGGAAUUUAUGAAUACCCAUGAUCCUGAACAUAUUUCCGAAUUUUUGGAUCAUUGUAAGCGUAACGCAGAAAUAUAUUCUUCACAUAAACAGAGCAAUACUUUAAUAGAAGAUAACUGUAGAUAAAAAUUCUUAGUGACCACAACCAAUUAGACGUCAUACUCUCUCUUUCUCUCUCUCUCUUGACUAAUAUCAAGGAAUUAAAAGAGAAAGACUAUUGUACAAAAUAGAAUAUAUUUUUUCAUAUUUGAAUAUAUAGUUUUUUG